AUGCCACUCGCGCCUCAUCCUUACGGGCAAACAACGACUGUCGAGCAACUGCCCGCUCGAGCCGAGCUGCUGAGGAGGUUGUCUAUCAGGCUCGAAUACGCAUCCUUCAAGCUCUCUCACUCCCUCACGCUCCACACCCUCUCCGAACUCGAGAACCUCUACAUCCGUUCAUUUCACGCUCAAGCUGUCCACCGUCAGCAGGCCAGGACAGAGCGUGAGGAACGGACGAGAAAGAAGUGGAGAGCGCAAGCGAGAGAGGCGGAUGAGGCGCGAGAGGGGCGGAGGGACAAGGGCGAGUGUGUGGACGUGAUCAUGGCUGAGGCGGUUCAGCAGAUGGACGGGGAGUUUGAGGGGUGGAGCGAGAAGAAGCUCGGCAAGAGGAGGGCUGUCGAGAGGGAUGGGCAGCCGAGGAGCGGCGACAAGGUGCCGAGGAAGCAGGUGAAGCGGAAGAGGCAGCUGUCGGCGGCCUCGGCGGGCGAGGAGCGGCCGCAAUUCGCGCCUUCGACGUCGUCGCGCCUUUGCCUUCCUCAGCCUGCGGCGUCCUCCUCCCGCACGACUUUCGCCGCGACACAUGCCGAGUACGCGCAGCAGCACGACCUGCGCCCCUACGCUCCCUACGACGUGCCGACUCUCGGCAAAACCACGUCAGAGCUCCUCUCCCCUCACACCGGCCUCUCCCCCUCACACUCCGACUCGAUCCCUUCGCUCGGAGGUACCAACUCCUCAACAUCCAGUUUCUUCGCCAUAGCGCUGCAACAACCCCACCCUCUCGAGCACGAGCACGCCGCAUCGCCCUUCUCAGCUCGCUCGACCGCCGCGUCGUACGGCACGACUCUCGCCCCUGCAUCGUCAUCCACGUCUCUUCACUCGGCAACCGCAACGACGGUCUCGCCCUUGCUGGAACACGCCGCUUCGCCUUCAUCCGAACUCGCUCCGCCCCAUCCAGGCCCGGACCACUCGUCCCAACCUUCUCCCUACCCCCUCCCUCCGCCUCGCUCACUCGCCGUACCCUCCUCCUCCUCCUCACAACCCCACCAACCUUUCACGACCGCCUCCGCGCUCCUCUCAACCCCUCACCAACCAACUCCCACCCCAGCCGCUUCCUCCUCCUCGAAACGCUCGCCAAUCUUGCUCGGCUCGCAAGCCUCUUUCUCGGCUCUUCCGCCGGUCCCGCCGCUACCUUUCGAUGGACCGCCCCUUCCACUCGGGUUGUCGCAGGGCAGUCAGGGGUGGAGUCGAGCGGGAGCGGUCAGAGGAGCGGGGUUGGGGAGUUCGAGUCCUGAUCAGGCGCGGCGGAUCGGACGGGAGAAAGUCCAUUGCGAGGAGGAGGAAGAGCGCGACGCAGGAGGCGCGGCAGGAUCGGGGUCGGGGUUCUUACCUGCUCGGCUGCGGGCGCAGGAGCUAGCGAGCGGGGAUGGGAGCGACGACGAGCUUCCGCCUGCCGACUCUGCCGACCUCGACCAGGACGACGACGGGGCGGAUGGCAAGGGAGAUGGGUUCGACCCGCUCAGUCAGGAUACGGUCGUUCAUGAGUCGCAAAGCCAGGGGCAGAGCCAGAGCCAGAGUCAGCAGCGGGAUGCGGAGUGGUCUGAGGAGGAAGCGGAGGGGACGAGGGAGCGGUGGAAGGUUGGGUAG